AUGACCAUCGACUCGGUACUUCCACCUAAACUGCGGGUUGCCAUAAUUGGUGCUGGUCCUGCAGGUCUUGGAGCAGCCAUUGAAUUUGCCAAACUGCCCUUUGUGGAACUACGUGUCUAUGAGCAGGCUCGGGAGCUUCGGGAAGUUGGUGCAGGGAUCAGCAUCCAGCAAAAUACUUGGCGCACACCUCCUCGCUAUCUUCACGCCCGCACGCUGCGCUCCGUGCUGCAACAGGCUCUCUUAAAAGGUGUCGACAAAUCGAAGCUCCGACUGUCAAGUCGACUCGCCGAAAUUGUCCAGCUCGCCUCCGGCGCAUUCUUCUUACGCUUUGAGGAUGGCCACACUGAUGAAGUUGACCUUCUUGUUGGGGCUGAUGGUGUCCGAUCAGUCGUCCGACAAUUCGCCCACCCCGAUCACCGUCUCAAGUACAUCGGAACUACAGCAUACCGCGCACUUGCAGAUGCCCGUGACAUCCUGAGUAUCCCUGGAAUCCCAGACUCCGUGACCUUCUGGCAUGGACCAGCCGAUCGUCUGUACACCUGCAACUUGAAAAACAAUGUUUAUGAAAUUGCAGCGCGAGUUCCUCAAACUGCGGAGACUGCUCCAGUUAGUUGGGGGCAGGAUGCGAGCGUGGAGGAGUUCAGCUGGAGAUACAAAGACUUCUCACCAGCUCUUCAGAGCGUACUGGAUAAGAUCAAGGUAGUCAAGAAAUUUGCACUUUUCUCCGGUCCACGGUUGUCGAGUGUUAUCUCGCAUGGAUCGAUCGCGCUUAUCGGGGACGCGUCGCAUCCUCUAUCCGGUGCAUUCGGUAAUUCAAGUAGUUUCCAUCAGGAAAGACAAAAGUUCGAGCACCACAUUAUGCGGCCAUGGUCAGUACCGUUGUACAUAUGCUCAUCCCUGCAUCUACUAAUGACAUUGCAGUAUGACAUUCUGGAUGGUUAUGGAAAAUCAGACGUUUCGGUUAAAGCAACGGACGACUUCGAUGAAGCUGUAUCGAUGAUUGUUGCCAACAAGUGGGAUGAUGACCAUGGGUGGUUGUAUAGCUAUAAUGUCGAGGAGGCGUGGAGGGAAACCUACGAGGCAGAGGAUGCUCGGCGCGCCGCGGUGGAGCAGUCAGCUCGUGGAGAAGAGUUGAACUCGCGGCUGUAG